UGCGCACUCGUUGAUUUCCGUUCAUCAACGUAUCUCAACAUGGCGGCUGUACCUUUACGAAACUUGGCGUCCUCGCUGUUGUUUUUUAGCAGAAGGUUAUUCAGCCCUGAGCUCAGUGCCUUCUGCUCAUAUCACAAAAAGGUGGUGGACCACUAUGAAAACCCAAGAAAUGUGGGCGCUCUAGACAAAAACGCCAAGAAUGUGGGGACAGGGUUGGUGGGUGCACCAGCCUGUGGUGAUGUAAUGAAACUUCAGAUCCAGGUGGAUGAAAAUGGCAAGAUCGUCGAUGCUAAGUUCAAGACAUUUGGCUGCGGAUCAGCUAUUGCUUCCAGUUCUCUUGCCACAGAGUGGGUGAAGGGGAAGUCGGUCGAUGAAGCUCUGAAGAUCAAGAACACAGACAUUGCCAAAGAACUCUGCCUUCCUCCAGUCAAGCUGCAUUGCUCCAUGCUUGCAGAAGAUGCCAUAAAAGCAGCGCUGUCAGACUACAGAAUAAAACAACAGGAGAAGAAGGAGGAACGUAUCAAGGCCGCCAAUUAAUAUCUUUUUUUUACCUAUCCAUGACGUGACAGUACCAGCCCAGUGAUGAUUCACUGCAGUGCUCUUUGCAAGAUUGGUCACCAUAAUGCUUCAUCUGGUCUUGCAUCUUCUUCUGGGAGUUUCACAAUCUCUUUAAAAAAUGUUAGAGGUGUUCAUUUGCUUUUCAUCAGAUGGUCAGAUACUGGUUCUUAAAUGAUGCUGAUUUUGGAGUGGGAAGUUCAUGAUGAAUAUUUUAAGACAAGUCUUAUCCUUGAAUUUACACAAGGGAGCUGAAUGUUGGAGAUAUGUCACAAAUAAGACACCAUAGAUUCAGGGUUUUUAUUUUUUGUAUUUUUUGGCAUUUAAGCAUUUGGCUUGAUUGUGUGAAGUCACUGGUCCUGUGAGGAGGAUUCAGUAUGAGAAUGCAGUUAGAGCAACAGCUUAAGGACACAUACAAAAACAAAAUACAGAAUAUUGUGUGGGACUGUGCUUACUGUGAAUAAAAAAUCUAAAAAAUA